CGUCACAUCCGGCUCCCGCCCAUCCGGGCCAGCGCGGCGGCGCCGGGACGGGAGCUAUGGCCGCGCCGGGGGCGGCGGGCGGUGGCAGGAGCGGUGCCCCCGCUGCCGAAUGGGGCGGCUUCGAGGACAACAUGCAGAGUGGCGGCUCUGCCGUCAUCGACAUGGAGAACAUGGACGACACGUCGGGCUCCAGCUUCGAGGACAUGGGGGAGAUGCACCAGCGCAUGAAGGAGGAGGAGGAGGAGGAGGCGGAGGGCGAGGCGGGCACCGGCGAGGAGGAGGACGGAGAGUUCCUGGGCAUGAAGGGGCUGCGGGGGCAGCUGGGCCGGCAGGUCGCUGACCAGAUGUGGCAAGUGGGGAAGAGACAAGCCUCCAGGGCCUUCAGCCUCUACGCCAACAUCGACAUCCUCCGGCCCUACUUCGAUGUGGAGCCCGUCCAAGUGCGAGCCAGACUGCUGGAGUCCAUGAUUCCUGUGAAGAUGAUUAAUUUCCCACAGAAGAUUGCAGGCGAGCUGUACGGACCCCUCAUGCUGGUUUUCACAUUGGUGGCCAUUCUUCUGCAUGGAAUGAAGACCUCAGACACCAUCAUUAGGGAAGGCACGCUGAUGGGCACAGCCAUUGGCACCUGCUUCGGUUACUGGCUGGGCGUCUCAUCUUUCAUGUAUUUCCUGGCAUAUCUGUGCAAUGCCCAAAUCACAAUGGUGCAGAUGCUGUCACUGUUGGGCUACGGUCUUUUUGGACACUGCAUCACUCUCUUUGUCACCUAUAACAUCCACUUCCACUCCCUCUUCUAUAUCUUCUGGUUGGUUGUUGGUGGACUCUCUACACUACGAAUGGUUGCUGUGUUGGUGUCACGCACCGUGGGACAUACCCAGCGGCUCAUCCUGUGUGGGACUCUUGCUGCUCUGCAUAUGCUUUUCCUCCUCUAUCUGCACUUUGCUUAUCACAAGGUGGUAGAAGGUAUCCUGGACACAUUGGAAGGACCCAACAUGCCACCCUUUCAGAGAGUUGCCCGAGACAUUCCAGUUGUUUCCAAUGCUGUAUUGAACACAACAGCCAAAACCAUUGCAUUGACCCUGUAGUUUUACAGACUUGGACUUGCUUCCUUCACUACUUUUGGGGCUGAAUAGGGCCACAGUAACCUGCUGCCUCUUAGGAACAGGACAGAACAGCAAGAAGACAGCUUGGUUUUGUUUUCCUGGACCUGUCUUCUGCAUUACAGUUUUGGACCGCUGAGUGGACUCAGUGGAGGUGAGUCGCACCUCAGUGACUCAGAAGAGCUACACUCUUCCCCAUCCAGGUCUGGGCUGUCUUGAGUAGAGUGGUUCUGUUGCCUGCAUGUUUAGCUGGGAUUUCCCAGCAGAGUUUGUUCCUUAGCCCUCUUUCCGCUUGCUGAUGUAACUCCAGAAGUAUCUGCCCUGUUCCUGUCCUGAGGAGGGAAGAAUUAAAUUUGAUGUUGGUGCUGAGUGA